AUGGAAGAAAUUUCUGAAUCGGAAGAACUAGAUAAAAAAACCAAUUUAACCAACUUGGAGACAUCUUUCAAAAAGUGCACUAUCGAAUGUUAUCCAAAAAUAAGACUCACACCGCAAUUGCGACAAGAUUUAUACACAAAAUUUUUAUCAAUACUUGAUUCGUACGAUAAACCUCGGAAAUCCAUCGAAAAAUUCGAAAGUUGGCUAAAAGAAAAGAAUUUGAAACCUAAACAGCUAUUUUCCAUGCUUUCUGCCGAAUGUCCUACUGAAAAAACGAAUACUACUUUACCACAAAUAGCAGCGAUCCUAGGAUUCAUGUAUGAGCAUGGAAUAGGAACAGAGAGAAACUUGUUGCUUGCAUUUAAAUAUUACAAAAUGUGGUACGACGCUGUAAUUUUGUCGCCGUCUCAUGCACACAAUCAUACACACAAUUUUAUGGGGAUUUUUUAUCGUGACGGAAUUGGAGUUGAUCGAGAUCCGGGGAUGGCAUACGAGUUAUUUCGUCAAGGGGCCGCGCUGCAACAUCCAGCUGCUCAGUAUCAUUUAUCACUAUGUUAUCGUGAUGGAAUUGGAACGACUGUUGAUUCCUUGAGCCAUUUUUAUUGGUGCAAUAAAUCUGCUGUAUCGGGUUAUACACCUGCGCAACUUCAAAUCGCCAAUUUUCAUCGUAAUAAUACUAGUGACGUGAAUCACAAGAAACUUGCAUUUACUUGGUACUCAAAAGCAAAAGAUCAAGAUACAGAAGCAAUGUUUCAAUUCGGUAUGUGUCAUAAAAUAGGAUUUGGGACACCCCUAGAUCUUAAAACUGCAUACGUUUGGUUCCUAAUUGCUGCUAGUGGCGGCUCAAAAGAAGCUGCACUCCAACUCGCGGACGCAUAUCAAGGCGGUCAAGGUAUAAAGCGCAAUGAAGCAUCCGCAUUACGAUGGUACAAUGUCGCCGCAAAAAAUGGAAGUUUGGUGGCACUUUAUAAGUUGGGACAAGCUUAUCAUCAAGGAAAUGGUGUGAAGCGGAGUCGUGAUAAAGCGUUUCGUUAUUUUGUGCAGUAUUUGAAGAGAGCAGAGUGUGAAGAAGAUGACGUGUCGGAUAUUGGGGUUUCGCAGUAUGUGCUUGGAAAUUGUUAUCAUUAUGGAUGGGGAGUCACGAAGGAUUUACAUAUGGCUUCGAAGUGGUAUCGGAAAGCUAUUGAUAAUGGAAAUAAAAGUGCCAGAAUUCAGCUCCUUUUUGUUUUCACGAAGAGAAAAUGA